GAAAAAAAAAAAAAAAAAAGGACAUGACAAUUUAAUGAAAUUAAAAGAAUUAGAAAGUAUAUUACAAGACUGCGAAGUGUUUGAUGAACCCAAGAUUCAAUUUGAACAAUACCCAACUACUCCUCAUUUAGCUGCAAGAAUGCUUUAUACAGCAGAUACAGUCUAUAAUGAUAUUGAGGAUAAAGCCAUUGGUGAUUUUGGUAGUGGUUGUGGUAUUUUAAGUAUAGCUGCUAAUAUUCUUGGUGCAAGUUAUAGUAUUGGAUUUGAUAUUGAUCCUGAUGCUAUAAAGAUUGCACAGGAGAAUUGUGAAACCUUUGAAGUCGAUGUUGAUUUUGUUAAUGUUGAUCUAAGUACUUGUUCAUUAGAUGGAUUUAAAGGAAAAUUAGACACUAUUAUUAUGAAUCCACCUUUUGGUACAAAAAAUAAUAAAGGGAUUGACAUGUUAUUGUUAAAAAAGGCAAUAGAGAUUGCAAACACAUCCGUAUAUUCUUUACACAAAACCUCUACAAGGGAUCAUAUUGAAAAAAAGGCAAAAGAAUGGGGUGUGAGUUUUGAAGUUGUAGCAGAAUUAAAGUUUGAUGUACCAAUGAUGUACAAAUUUCAUAAAAAGAAAAAUGUAGAAAUUGCAGUUGAUUUCCUUCGGUUUGAAAAACAAUAACCAACAUCAUAAAAAUGACUUAAUAAAAUUUCUUAUUUUUGCAUAACGUCAGUGCUGAAGUAAAACAGCCAAUAAUUACUUCAUGUGAUAGAAAAUUAGACCCAGGGUGGAGGUUUAAAUAUUAGUGCUUGAUGAUGAUGAUGAUGAUGUUGUUAACUUCAAUAUCCGACAAUUUAAAAAACAAAAUAGAAAAAAAACAAAAUGAACAUUCUUCUUUUCUUUUUCUUAUUUGACUUUAC